AUGACUGAAAUUGGUGAUAGAUCAUAUGUAGGAAUUAAUAAUAUUGUACAAGCAUGUUCGAAAAUUUACCCGGAUCAAUUAAAUCCUACUCAAGCAACGAGUCUAGUUAAAUACUGGCUUGGUGGAUCAGAAUGUUUAGAUUAUAUAUCAAUCUAUCAUAAUCAAGGUAAUGAUACAUCGCCUACUCAUUGGCAUUAUGUAACAUUUGGAUUCAGUGAUCUUCAUGGUGAUGGUCGAGUACAUAAAGUUGCAUCUAAAGAUGAUCCUGAUUCGACAUCAGGUUAUGGUUUUGAAUUAACAUUUCGUUUGCGAAAAGCUCCGGAAAAUAGUAAUUCUGUUCAAGAAAUUCCUUUAUGGCCAUGCAAAUUAUUACAAUAUUUGGCUAAAUAUGUUUUUAAAACGGGUACACAAUUUCGUGCUGGUCAUCAUAUUCCAUUUGGACAUGUAUUACCUAAUUUAUAUUCAUCAGAUGGCAAUACACAUAUACAUGAUCUAUUAAUAACAAAUGAUCGACAAUUAAAGUCAUUUCGAACUAAUCUUGGUUCAGUUGAAUUUUUACAACUUGUCGGGUGUUUUGAAAAUGAACUUGAAGCAGCACAAGAAUGCAAUGUUGCACAAAUAAUUGAUUUAUUCAGUACAAAUCGAAAAACGGGUGGUACUCUUUUAGUAACGGAUAUGUCACGUAGAGAAUCAAUUUUUGAUAUUAUACCAAAUGCAAAACAAAUGAUCCGAGAAAAAAUUGAAAAAGAAGGUUCACAACUUGGCCGAGUUCUUGCUCGAUGUAGCUGGAAUGUCGAAUCUGUUCCACCGAAUGAUACACAUUUUCGUCCAGUAACUUCAAUUGAUUUAACAUUUGAUUUAGAUGCAGCUAAAAUAUUUCUGAAAAUUCUUCGAACACGUUUACGUCGUGGCAAAUGGUUUAUAUUUGAUUCUUUAAAUAAUCAAUCGAUUUGUUUCAUUUCAAUUGCUGCUAAUAAUCAAGGAAUUAUGGUUGAUUCAAUUCAACAAAUCAUGAUAUUGGGCAUGCGUGAAGCACAAAUUAUGCUUUUACCUGAUCAUAUUGAUCUCUGUACAGAUCUUAUGUCACAUAUAAGUGAUAUUAAAGAUGAACAAACACUUCCAUUGCGAUAUGAAAUUCCGUUUCAUACAAAUACUAAAAUGAUCAUAUCAAUAAUAUCCUCGAAUGAAUUUAAUCAUGAUGGUGUAGAAUAUUAA